AACGAACGAUCCGGCUGGGUGGAGAACAGCUCUGGCAGUGCGGCCAGCCAGCUGCUCUGCUGCUGCACUUGCAGCAGUCUACGCGCUACUGCUGCCGCCGCUCUAGCUAACCCACCCCUUGGUGGUGACUGCCUUGCCCGCCUGCUUAGCCGAACGAAGCCAGCUUCCCUCUUGCGCAGCGCUCUGUGACGAAGCCACAGACUCGGCACAGGGCAGAGAGGAAAACGGGACCCCCCCCCCCCGCAAUCAUCCAUCGCCGGACAUCAUGAGCUCGAGAAGUUCCAUGGCCGAGAGUCAGGACGAGCGUCAGAGCGUGCUGGGGGACAAGCCUGCGAUCCACUGCUACAAGUGCCGCGACCUGUGCCGCGGGGAGGUCCUCCGCGUGGAGAAUCGCCACUUCCACGUCUCCUGCUUCACCUGCAAAGUGUGCGGCUGCGACCUGGCGCAAUGCGGCUUCUUCGUGAAGAACGGCGAGUACGUGUGCACGCUGGACUACCAGCGCCUCUACGGCACUCGCUGCCAGGCGUGCGGCGACUUUGUGGAGGGAGAGGUGGUGACGGCGCUCGGCAGGACCUACCACCCCCAGUGCUUCGUGUGCUCCGUGUGCAGGCAACCGUUCCCAUCAGGGGCCCGUGUCACGUUCAACGGGAGGGAAUGCUUGUGCCAUGAGUGCACGCAGCCCAUCUCGCCCGUGCUGCGCGACCCCAGCAACCCCAGCAACUGCGCUGGGUGUGGACGAGACAUCAAAAACGGGCAGGCGCUGCUUGCCCUGGAGCGGCACUGGCACCUGGGCUGCUUCAAGUGCCGAGCGUGCGGCAAGGUUCUCACCGGAGAAUACAUCAGCAAGGACGGGAUGCCCUAUUGCGAGCGGGACUACCACUCCCAGUUUGGCGUUCUGUGCGACGGCUGUGAGAAGUACAUCACCGGCAGAGUCUUGGAGGCGGGGGACAAGCGCUACCACCCGAGCUGCGCGCGAUGCUUCAGGUGUCACCACAUUUUCUCGGAGGGCGAAGAAAUGUUCCUGCAAGGCUCCUCCGUGUGGCACCCGGACUGCAAGAAGGCGGCCAGGGCCGAGGAGCGAAAGCGCCGAGUCUCGGCUGAGAGCAUUCCUUCCCGGCCCAGCUCCAGCAUUUCAGGCUCUCCGAGUCAUUCUCUCUACGCACGAGUGGACAAUGAGGCGAUGGAUUAUAAGGACCUAGCAGCCAUCCCGCGGGUGAAGGCCAUUUACGAGAUUGAACGGCCCGAUCUCAUCACGUACGAGUCUCGCUAUGCCGGGGAGAGGCUAGAGCAGGGCCCAGUGGAGGUGCAUGAGAGGCUAGAGCGACGAUCCUCCAGCCACGGCACCAUCAGCUCUCCCGGCUACGCCCGCCACGGGUUCUCUCCCUCUGCCACGCGAUCGCCGCAGCACUUCCACUGCCCAGGUAUCCCAGGCAUGAUCACGACAAGUACACACAGCUCGCCCUCGCAAAAGCGGUCCCUAGGGCAGUCGCCCUCCCCCCGCCCCCCCCAGUCUCCCAAACACUUUCACCUGCCAGAAGACAGCUCCAAUAUUUACAGGAAGCCGCCCGUCUACAAGCAGUACGAGCCGUCGUCACUGUUACCCGCUGCCGCCGAUUCUGCCGCCGCUGGGCGCGCAGAGUCGUCGAUGAUGUCGGGGCCGGGCGGUCGUGUCGUCGGGGAGGACGUCAUCCAGUCGGCCAAAUUCCCAGCGGCGCACGCCCCGGAUCCCGCGCUGCCCGCCAAGAUCGAGACCGACUACUGGCCCUGCCCCCCUUCUCUCGCCGCCGUCGAGUGGCGGAAGAACAGGACCAUGCACGAGGAGGAGGAGGAGGAGUCGAGGCGGCGCCGAGUCGUUCACGAGCAGGAGAUGAGCAAGGUGCAGUCGGGCCUCGGGCGGAUGAUCCUGCGGGAGGAGAUGGAGAACCAGCGUGAGCUGGACCCGCGGUCGUCGUCGCGCACGCCCUCCGCCUCCAGCGAGCCCUCGCAGCGCACGCGCUUCGACUCCCCCGUGCAUGCGUCUCCAUCAAGGAGUCUGUGCCCUGAGGAGCAGGGGUCUCCAUCCAAGUCUUCUUCCCUUCCAGGUUAUGGAAGGAAUGGUCUGCAGCGGCCCCAGUCGACAGAUUUCCAUCACGUCCAUGGAAACUGUUACCAAGAUCCCCGAGAUUGCCAGGUGCCACCAUCGACAAUAGAGGAAACUAUGACGCCUGCUGCGGGCGGUGGAACACGGGCGUCCCGAAUGGAGAAAGGCGUGUCUAUGCCAAACAUUCUGGAGCCAAAGAUAUACCCGUACGAGAUACUGAUCGUUACGACUCGCGGACGAAGCAAACUACCGCGCGCCGUGGACAGGACCACUCUAGAGCGCCACUUGUCUCCAGAAGAAUUCUACCGGCUGUUUGGGAUGAGCAUACAAGAGUUUGAUCGCCUGCCCCUGUGGAAGAAGAACGAGAUGAAGAGGAGGCUUAGGCUCUUUUGAAUUUUGCGAAAACAAUCCGGCUCGAAAUGAGAUGCAUGGAGGAAAUCCACUUUAAGAGAGAAAGAGGGGCAACCACACACGUAUUUGAUGGACUGUACAAAAUUUAGCAAAUUGUACAGUGGAUUCUCAUCAAGGUGUAUAAUAAUGAUACUUAAGAUCAUUUUAAAUGGCUACAUUGUUUCGUACCCUUGGAGUUCAUUUGUAUGUGUUAACUUUUAACAUUUGUACAUGUAACACUGGGUUGAUGUCACACUUAUUUUUUUCCUCUUUCCUCCUUAAUGGAAAAUCAGCUUGGAUGCCUUUGCUUUAUAUAUAAAAAAAAACCUGUAGCUAUAUAAAAUAUAUUUGAAUUACUAACGGAAGAAUCCGUUCAUUCGGACUUCCUAUGAGCAUAGUGUCAUUUUGAAGAAAAUUAAAUGAGUUACGCAUGUACACUUCCAAAUUAAUUUACUUAGUCAUACUUUUUUUUGCCAGUAUACAUUUUAUUGUGGAGAAAUUCAUAUUGCUCCAUUUGUUAGAGAGCUUCUACAUUUCUUCCGAGGGCUGGUUAGGCUCUGGUAUUAGACGGCACAUUAUCUUGCCAACAGCACGCACUAAUGGGCAGUGAAAGCCCGAGUGAAGGCUGCAGGCAAUGGGACCGAGAGGAUCCAAUUCACGGCUCGACGUUUUGUCUUUACGUUUGCAAUUCUGCGCGAAGCUGUGGCCGAUUAUGCCAAAUCGGCUCAAAAAGCAAUGCUGUCCUCGUGAAUGUGAAGAUGGAGUCGUCGGGACUCGCAGGCGGAUGGAGAAAAUGGGAAAGUCAGUGGUGAAGUUUCGAAUGCCCUGCACUAAAUAAUAUGUCAACAUGUGGCCAAAUAAGAAUGGAAGGAUUCAUUCUUCCAUGCACUAUUGUUUUCAAAUUGACUGUCAAUGCGAAAACAACAUCAAGCGCAUAAACCUUAAUCACCCUCCAGCCACACACCUCCGAGCACGGGGAACAUUUGCGGUCAGGAGCAGGGUCAUUGUGUCUUAGAAAUGUGACUGGACAGAGGCGGGAAUGCCAUCGCACGGGCGAAUUCUACCGGUCUCCAAAACGAUGUCCUCGCGAUCACGUGCCGAGCUGCGUUUAUCCGCGCCGCCUCUUUGUGGCCGACUUUGGAUCCAGACCAAAUUGCGGGGCUGACGUGGAUUGCGGCCCCGUGUCACCGGCGCUGCCUUGGCGGUCGAUCUGAUGAGGAGUGGGACGUCUCGACGUUUGUGGCAGUGUUCGUGGGGAAACACGCGACGCGGCAUCAUCCGCCACGCGACGCGGCUCAACGUUGAACCACCCGAAUGGCAGAGGUCGCAAACGGGUUUUGAUUGCUUACCCGUACCCGUACCCGGUCGCACCAGGGUCGCAAACGGGUACCCGUACCCGGCCGUACCCGUACCCUACCCGUACCCGGCCGGGUACGGGUAGGGUACGGGUAUCGGGUACCUGAUUGCGACCUCUGGGAUGAAGCCAUGUUGUAGGCGCGGGUGGGUUGAUUCUAGGAACUUGAAUUGUGAGAAGAGACAAGACGUUGGGAAAUGAGUGACAAACAGUUACUCACCAGUGACUCACGGCCUACCCGUACCCGGCCGCACCAGGGUCGCAAAUGGGUACCCGUACCCGGCCGGGUAUCGGGUAUGGGUAUCGGGUACCCGGUUGCGACCUCUGCUGAACGGCCGAGUCGGAAUCCGACAACGGCCGAGUUCCCUUCCCCGCUCUCGCCGGCAGUCGGUGCUACCGUCAGUGUUGCGAGACGAGUGAGAAAGUGAGAAUAAGUGUGUGGGGGGGGGGGGGGGGUGAGCGUGUCAUCGGCACGAGGUCACGACCAGUGCCCAACUGUGAGGUGGACCAAUGGCUCGAGCUAAUGUGGCCAAUGAAGUAAAAAGUUGCCGGCGUCUCUUCGCAGCUUUAAAAGGGGGGCGGUAAUGGGGCAUACAUUACGUAGAUGCGUGGCGUUGAGACGUAACCUUGCGAAAGAGAGGUGCGACGUUUUAGGUAGGACGUAGAUAUAACGGGUGUGUCUUCGCUUCUUUUGGAGGUGCGUAAAACUCACAUUAAAGUGGCAUCCGUGUGUAAUAAUUUAACAGAUGAAUUACUGAAAAUGUUUGUGUUGGUUUUUGGUUUUGUUUUCCAUAAACAAAGCACUUAAAACACAUUUCCUGCACUGGGAAACAUUUAUUAAUCCGGAUGCUAAGGACACGAGGACUUGUUUUUCGUAUAUGUACUAUUGAAAUAUUUAAAUAUUGCUGGUGAUAUAGUACACCAUAUUUAUUAUAGAUAACACUAGUCCGUGUACAUACAUAUGGUAGAAAAAGCUAGGUAUGAGCACAUACAAUGCUUCGUACUACACAGCACCUACUCCCAGUCGAGGAACGCAUUAACUUACGCGAUCGUCACCGUUUUUAUUGAGUAAUUUAUUUACGUGUGUGCGUAAGUCCCAGUAUAUAUACACAGACACACAUUCUUACAUAUCGGCCAGCUUAAAAUAUAACGGGAUCAAAAUCAUCUCGACACUAGGCGUACAUGCUAAACUGUGCAUAUACAUAUUUAAACAAAAUACACGUUGACAUCGGUGGAAAACGUCAAUUUUUGUUUUAGCUUGGUCCAUGAUUGCCUUGAAGGGCAGUUCAGUGUGACAAGGCACAUGUCGGGCAGAUUAUGGCACAAACCACAGUAGACCAGUCCGAAAGCAGAGCAACUCUGAGUCAUUGCAAUAACGCUCGUGCAGAUUUUGACAAAGCCAGAAAGCAACCGGUUUGUGAAAUUUCCGACAACAAUGCAAUGGAGAAGGAGAUUUGCUGACUGUGUGUAACAGAAAUAGGAUGAGUGCCUGCUCACUGAGCCAGUGGACCAUUUAUUAAGGCGAUUUUUACUUAAGUUCUAUGCGUACUGUAUGCGAGCUCUGUGCUACGUGUGAGCUUUACUCUGAUGCGUUGUCUGUUUGAUUCCAAAGCCUUUUAAAAUAAGAUCAGCACUGCCAGCGCUCCAGAUAAGGUCGUGGAUCUCCCGAGUAAUUUCCCCUUUAAUUUUGACCGAUGAAGAAGUACAAUCUUGAAUGCUCACUUAUGGGGUUACGUGUGAAGUAGAACCUUGUAUACUCACUGUAAUGUUUAUUGUUUUACUCUUGUACUUAAAUUUGGUCUUACGAUAACAGCCCACAAUACGGAGGAAGAAAUAAAACCUCGGUUGUUUUUUUUUUACUCCAAAAUAAAUGAAAACCGCGUAAGUGCAAUUUAAAGCUUUCGUGACUGCAGGGAUUCAUCUUCUUGGUUCUUUCGGUAAAGUCACGUAGAGUAGAAAUAAUAAAAUAAUAAAAAUAAAAUUAAAACAUAAUAAAAUAAUGUUAUUUUUAUUCUUUUAUUAUUUCCACUCUACGUGACUUUACCAAAAGAACCAAGAAGAUGCGUAAGUGCAGUUUAUCCCGGGUAAGUUUUCGAACGUCUCUUCAAGGGACCCAAGGAUCACGUGACCACUCCUCCACGCUGUUUCUGUCACGCGAGUUCAAAAUGCGUGGCAACGUUUGCGAUGCAUAUGCAUACUAUUGUUAUAAUGGAUACUUCAUUUAUAUUUUUUUCCGUAAAUAAUGCACGGUAUGCAUCUUAUCUGGAGCACUGCACGCUCUCACUAUGCUGUCGUCAGACAAGCACAAAGACGAGUGUUUAUCUUGCUGUUUAAGGCCUUUAAAUACUUUAUUGAGAAGUUUGCAGCACGUGUAACAAAAAAAACCCCGUUGAAUUAUACCCGAGUGUGUUGAAUUUACUUUGGAAAUUGCAAACGUUUGUUACAUAUACAUAUUUGGGGUUGAACUCUAUAAUAUUUCACAAGUUAUGUAGAUUUACACUUUUAAUGACAUUUCUUUUUGUAAUUGCGAUUAUAAUGCUGUUUGACAAGGCCAGCUUGAAACAGGCUACGCAUACACACUUGGCGAAUACAUAUUGACAUUAUAGUAGCUUCGUUGCAAAGUCCAUAUGGACUUUUUUCAAAUGUGCAGUUUCAAUACGAAUUUUCAAUUGCAUCUUAAUGUUGAGGAACGGAUACAUACAAUACUGCCGAGUUCCUAUAGUACACAACCUUACAGUUUAUUUUGGAUGAAAGUGCAAACGCAGAUUUCUGAUGCCAAGUAUAAAGUGGUUAAGUAUGAAUCGGAUUGAAUUAAGUUGAACUCGAUUGAUGUGUACACUAUACGGUGUGGCGUUUCAGUCCUCCAUGCCUGCGGGAUCUGAUUUAGUUCUGGACUACCUUAUGGGGAAGUCAACAGUGGGUGUCCUUGGGUGGGACCUAGUCCUGAACGAGAAAUGUGAAAUUUCCACCUCUGGUUAAGUGAGGGCUGUGAACGGGAAGAUUGGUUCCCACCCCACACUCAAUCUGUCAAGAAACCACUUAAUCACGUUCUGUAUAUCAUGAUCUGGGCUUUUGAUAAAUUUCAAUGCAAAAAUGCAUUUCCGAUGUAUGCCAGUGGAAAAUCUAACAACGGGAAAAAUAUAAGCCACACUGGGCAUUUCCCUUUUUUUAAAAAUGUUUCGCAAUGCCUGCCGUAGCAUGAUGGUUACAUUAAAUACAGGUGGAAAUAAACUGUUACCCGAGUGGAAUUGUCAUGGAAAUUUUACAUUAACCAACGCUUCAGCCUAAAUGAAGCAUUUUCCAUUUGAUGAGUACGGUUAUCAAUUAGUUUGGAGAUGGCGUAUGCAUAAUGACGAUCCUUUUCUCCACUGCAAAUGAUCUUUGAUGUCUCUGUUUAUCAACCGUAGCAUCUCGAUUGCAGCGCUGGCUGUCAGAGCAUGAUUACAUGAAUAAUGACGAAGCCAAGGUGGUUUACACUAAAGCUGUUCGUAAACCCAGACAAACUAGGAUAAUGAUGCUGUCUUACGUUCAGAUGUUUAGAAGUGGAUUACAUUAUAUUUUAGCUCCGCUGUACAUGCUAGCAUGAAUUGUUCGUAUUGUAUAUUCUAAAAGAAAUACAUUUAAAAUUGUUGGGUUUUCCGUUUCGUUUGCCAGACUUCUAUGCGUACGGUAACUGUAUUUUCAAACGUAUCUAAAGUGACUGAACAAUGAGUUGAUUUGUCUCAAACUCUGUAAUUUCACUGUUUGUUUUGCAACGGCUUGGAUCUGCGAAAAUAAUAAAAGGAAAGUUAGCAUUAUG